UACAACAAGAAAGUGUGUGGGCGAUGGGGGGUCGUCUUCGCGUGCUCUGCCUCCUGACAUGUAUGCAGGUGCUCGUCGGCACCGUUGCCGGCGGCGGCGCGCGGCCGCCGGCGAUGUACGUGUUCGGGUCUUCAAUAGUGGACGUCGGCAACAACAACUAUCUGCCCGGUGAGGCCGUCCCCAGGGCCAACAAGCCUUUCAACGGCAUCGACUUCCCGGGCUCCAUCCCCACCGGAAGGUUCAGCAAUGGCUACAACACCGCUGACUACGUCGCAAAGAAGAUGGGAUUUGGGUUGAGCCCUCCUGCCUAUCUGUCGCUGGCACCGAGCUCCUCCUCCGGCCCUCUGGUCCUUACCGCUCUCAGCAGUGGUGUCAACUAUGCUUCCGGAGGAGCUGGGAUCCUCGAUUCCACCAACGCCGGCAACACCAUCCCGUUGUCCAAGCAGUUGCAGUACUUCGAGGCCACCAAGGCAAAGAUGGUCGCCGCCGUGGGCGCCGGCGCGGUUGACGCCGUGCUCAAGAAGUCCGUCUUCGUCGUCAACAUCGGCAACAACGACUUCUACGUCUUCGCGGCGGCCGAGCUGGCGCGGAACAGGUCAGCCGAAGACCAGCGGAGGGACGCCGCCGCGCUCAACGCCAGCCUCGUCUCCAACUACUCCGCUGCCAUCACGGAACUGUACUCCAUGGGCGCCAGGAAGUUCGCCGUCGUCAACGUGUGGCCGCUGGGGUGCGUGCCGGCGGUGCGGGUGGCCAGCCCGGCGGGCGCGUGCUCGGGCCUCCUCAACCAGCUCGCCGCCGGCUUCAACGGCGCCGUCCGGUCCCUGCUCGCCGGCCUCGCCCCGAGGCUGCCGGGCCUCGUCUACUCCCUCGCCGACUUCUACGGCUUCACGCAGGACGUCCUGGCCGACCCGGGGGCGUCGGGGUUCACCGACAUCGCCGGCGCGUGCUGCGGGAGCGGGCGGCUGGGCGGGGAGGGGGAGUGCACGACGAACUCCACGCUCUGCACCAAUCGUGACCAGCACGUGUUCUGGGACCGCGCGCACCCGUCUCAGCGGACAACUUUUCUCGCGGCCCAGGCGUUUUACAAUGGGCCGGCCAAGUAUACCACUCCUAUCAACUUCAUGCAACUGGCCUAGUCCAGUUAGUGAAAGUGAAUUUCUCUCAGAAAAAAGUUGGUGGAAGUGAAACCAUGGAGGAUUACGAUACUUGACAAUUGGCAAUACAUCUUUUUUUUGUCAA